CAACUAUCAUAUCCUCCCGGACACGUAUUUGAUUUGCUUUUACACAUUACCUCGCACAGUACAACAGGGCAAGAUGGUGAAGGAAAAACCAAACUCGAUACGCAUCUACGAUAAGGACGGAUACCGUCGUCGCGCGGCAUGUAUUUGCGUACGAUCGGAGGCUGAGGCGGAAGUUCUGUUGGUCACAUCGUCAAGACGACCGGAGUUGUGGAUCGUUCCAGGUGGUGGCGUUGAACCGGAAGAGGAAGCAUCAUUAACUGCAACACGAGAGGUACUGGAAGAGGCUGGAGUGAUGGGCCAGCUUGGCCGCUGUCUUGGCGUGUUUGAGAACACCGAACACAUGCACCGUACCGAGGUGUUCGUAAUGGUUGUCACCCAGGAGCUGGACGAAUGGGAAGAUUCGAAAACGAUCGGCCGAAAGCGACAGUGGUUCUCGAUCGAGGAGGCCCUCUCGCAGUUGGCGCUGCACAAACCGACCCAGCGCCAUUACCUGCAGCAGUUGCGCCACUCGAAGCACCGGACAUACUCAUCGUCCGACCCACCGCCAAUUAUAUCCGAACAUGAUAAUGACGACUUUACGAGCGAACCCGAAACGAACAAUUGCACGCCGUCGGAAGAGAAUGUCGGCGACAAGGAUACGACCGAAUCGACACCGACGACACCACCCGCCUGCAACACUAUGACAAACGAUGGCGAUGGUGCACCUGAGGAAGCUGCGAAUGAACCGGUAUCGCCACCACCGACUCCAACUACUUAA